CGCAACUUGACAAGAAGCUCUUGGCUACGAUUGUUUGAGCGCAGUUCAGUUUCUCUGGCCUUUGCCCGACUGCAUUCCAAGAGAGCUUUGCCGCGCGCGAUCCGUUCACUCAAACAAAGCCAGUGUGGUUCAAAUCGAAUCCAAAGAUUGUUGGGAGUGGAGUUUCGGUUGAUUCACCUCGGCAUGGGUGAGAACUUGACCUUUCCACAGUGGGAGGUUCAACUGCAGUGGGACAAGUUGAGGAACCUGCAAAAAGGUGAAGUGUUUGAACAAAAAUACGAUUUUGCUGGGCUGGAGGUGACUUUCCAGUUUCGUCGUAAGGAUAAAGUGCCAUCAUUGGAUAUCAGGUCAAUUUUUGAAGUUUUAUCAUCAGAACUAUCAUCAGAAAUUGGCGGGGACAUUGCUUUUCGCUGCAGCGCACCAGUGAUCCUUCAAAUUCACGCCGUGGAUCGCCCCCAGUUGGGAAGAAAAGUCUCAGUGAGACAAGGCAAUGGCCUCUCAGGGUCAGUUCCCGCUUCAGUCGUUUGCGGUGAAGUUCGCGUUUUUGUGGUCAGAAUCCUGGAGAUCAGAGGGAUGAGCAUCGCCUGCAGGAUUGCUAACUCCCUGCAGCAGCAGGAAAGAGCUGAGGCACUGCAAUCGAAAUGUGCUGAGCUUGAGAAUCAACACCAGCAAGAUGCUCAGACAAUUGCUAAGACCCAAAAGAGGGCCGAAGCUUUGCAAUCGAAGUGUGCUGAGCUGGAGAAGCAGCACUACAGAGAUGCUCAGACAAUCCAUCAGGCUGAGAAUCAACACCAGCAAGAUACUCAAACUAUUGUCGAAUUGCAAGCGGCAUGUGCGGCAUGUGCCCAGCUUGAGGAGCAACACCAAAGAGAUGCUCAGACAAUCGCUCAGCUUGAGAAGCAACACCAAGAAGACGCCGCCGAGCUGAAGCGCUUGAAUGCCAUAGUCGGAGAAACAGAGAACCAAGCUGCAGACAGGACGAAGAUCUUGGUCAAUGCCUCAGUGAAAAUUCAAUCCAAGUGGCGUUCAUUUCUGCAGCAGCAGCGCUUGCAGCGAGACUCUGCUGAGCAAGAUCGGCGGAACAGGCGCCUGAAGGUGGAGAGUGCAAUUGCAUCUUUCCAACGCCUGUGGCGCUUGCGGCAGAAGAGGCGCCAGCGUCGGUGGCAGCUCGCACAGAGCAUGGAAACGGAGACAACACCCUACGAUGCCAUCCUUGCUGUCACCUCCUUGGCUGAGUUCCUCUCAACUCGGGAGAUCAAGUUCCUCCAGAAGGCAGAAUCACACUUUGAGAUUGCCAAAGAAAGCCGGUAUCGGAUCCUGGCAGUGGUGGGCUUGUUUGACAAGGGCAAGACGUGGCUCAUCAACAAGUUGUUUGGGGUGAAGUUGGCUUCAGGCAAACUUUGCACCACAAAAGGCUUGAGCUUCCUGUGGAUCAAAGAGAGGCGCAUGUUGGUCCUUGACUCCGCGGGUGUGCAGUCUACUGUGUCCUACAGGGCACAGGCGGUAGAUGCAAUCCAUGAUGCUCAGACCACAGAGUCCUUGAUGUUUGAAAUGGUCUCCCGAAUUGCUCAUCACAUGGUUUUCGUUGUGAAUGACCUCACUUGGUUUGAGCAGAAACAUGUUGCGAUGCUUCACCAGAAGUAUGUCCAGUCCAAGCAACACAAGGAGCUCAUCGUGGUCCACAACUUAAGGAACACCACAGAUGUGCAAGAAGCACGGAAGCUUUUCCAACGUCAAGUGAUGCUUUGCUACGAUGGGGAGCCCUCGCAUUUGGGCCAGCUGAUUUUCACGGCGGACGCCGGAGAGGGGGCUCCACCAGUACAUCAUGUGGGACUUUGCCAUGAGUUCUCAGUGGCAGGAGAGGCAUUCAACUCGAAAAAUCGAGACUACCUACUUCAGAGCUUGGAGCAUGGAAACACGCUUGGCUCCAACAUUGUGCUCACUGACUUGCUGUGUGCUGAGCUGUCGCGGCUGUUGCCCAAGUUUGUCAGCAUUGACAACACAGAGCCAGAGGCAUCAGAGAGCACACCAUGUCCCAUGCUGUUUGUGAAGUUCAAGUCUCGAGCUGAGAAUGCUGACACACAUGUUGAAAGUGAGGCCUAUGCUCCUUUGGGCAGCAUGUGCAUACAUCUCUCUCCAGAAAAGGCUCACCUUUCCACCAAGACGCGUGGUGUCAUUUCGCCUUUGGGAGAGAUCAUAGCGCAUGACGUGAGCUUUGAUCCCAAUGUGAAUGUCUUUGACAAAAGCAUCAGUGCGGGCAUCCAGCGCUACAUUCGUGUUGAAUGUCCCGGAGUGGUUGAUGAUGAUAUCCAGUGGGAAGAGCUGCCAAAUGGAGUGAAGAUUACCAUCAACAAGAAACCUCCCAUCGAAGAGCAUUCAGUUCAUCCAGUUCAGCCGAUCAGGCAGCACCACGGCAUUUGGGAGCGCAAGUUUCUCUUCGACCAUUCCGAUGGCCGCUUCGAGCUUUGCGAGGAGGAGGCCGAGUUGGAAGGCGGCGUCCUCACCAUUGUUUUGAGGAAGUCGUUGCAGCCUCGAAAGGGAAAGUUCCAAGGGAAAGCUCGGGCAAGCGGGUCCUACCAAGCAUCAGGUCCAGCCGCCCUCUGAGUGCACAACUUUCGACAUGGUCCCAAAUGUCAAGCUGCUUGCAAAUGGUGUGCAGGUCUGACAGAAAUAGGUGGUGAGAGCCUUUACACCAUUGAGACCUAUUGAGACCCUCAUAGAAUUUCGGGGGCCUCACUAGAUGGCAAUGUGAGGGCACUUGCUCCCAGUUUGACUUGUCAUUUUUGAAGGAUAAGGAGGAUUGAAUUCCGCCACUGCGUGCAGCUUUCCCAACAGCAAUGGUAUAAUUUGGGAGAGAGACCCAGGCCGCUUUGGCACAGACCACUUUGUGUUGUGUGAGAAAUGCUGUGAUGGCUUCUGAUCACUUUUACACCCCGCCACUUGUUACAAGAGGUCUCGUGCAAGUAUCAUUUUCUGCACAUUCAGGCAAGCGCAAAAUCCCAGUUCCCUGUUGAACUGCAGACCAACAGCGCCACAUAAGUCUUUGCAAGUGACCAUGGCGCAGGAACUGUGCAGGAACAUCGUUGGCACAGACAACAUUGAUGCUGUGAAUGUUGCACUUCACUCCCCGGCAUUUGUUGUGGCAAGGUCCCUCUCGUGCAUGCAUACGUGUCUUCCCCUUGCUCUCAUGCAAGCGCAGAAUCCCCGUGCCCUUUCAAGUGCACAAGGCACCAAGCCCUUGCAAGACCAUUGCAAAGAACGCAGAUCUAGUAGAUCCAAACUUGAAGCAGGAAGCUGUCAGUUCAACUGAGCCGCACCAACAGUUCCAGGGUGCUGCCUGACAGCUUUACUUCAGCUCGGCAAC